CCAAAGGCCGCCGUUAACAGCUGAACAAAAGGUGCUCUGUGCUUCGUAUUGGGCAGCGCGCGCUUUUUCUUUUUUUUUCCUGGCUACCGCUUAGGUUUUCCUUUCUUCCGCUUCCGCCGUUGAUUAUCGAGUUUAGAGCUUGUCUGAGAAACGUACGUCACUCAAUAUUCUCACAUCGAUUCACCUGAAACUCAUUCUAUUCAAGUUUCGAUUUUUCUUACAUUUCUUUUUCGAAUAUCGUUAUUUGUUUCUUAAUUUCUUUUUCUGCGAGCGUCCCAGAUAGUCAAUAAAGCUCUUGUGUUGUUAAUAUCAGCUUGCUCUGGCCUUUGAGUGUAUGUGCUAUGUAUUCAGUUUCCGUUAGGAACUGCUCCUGGAUUUGGGCUGAUUAAUUUGCAAUUUUCCUUUUCUUUUUCUUUUUUUAUUUGACUGAAUUGAAAACUGUUGUUAAUCUUCUGAUUUUCAUUUGCAGGAAUUUAGUGAACAUUAUUAAAUAUGCAGGCUAGUAGCGGUGCUGCUGCAGUGAUGGGUUCUCUUCAACAACCCGUUUGGGUUAAGGGACCAGCUUUUCCCUCUAAAGGGUUCGGCCUUGGUGUGACUCAAACUCAGCUGAAAAUGAAUUCUGUUGGUCCCCUUAAAAGCUCUAAGCUUGAAGGCAGCUUGGUCACUGGAAGACCUCCAUCUUCUGUUUCUGUUGCUAUGCCUGAAAUAGGAGGUCUUCAAGGCAGCUUUUCUGACAACAGCUUGGGGGAUACUGAUCCUGAAGUGCAAUCUAUAAUUGCUGAUGAAAAGGAAAGGCAAUUUAGAAACUUAAGCCUUAUUGCCUCUGAGAACUUUACAUCCAGAGCUGUGAUGGAAGCAGUCGGUUCUUGCCUCACAAAUAAGUAUUCUGAAGGUUUGCCUGGUAAAAGAUACUAUGGUGGGAAUGUGAACAUUGACAAGAUGGAAAUUCUUUGUCAAGAAAGGGCUUUGAGAGCAUUUCACUUGGAUGGGGAGAAGUGGGGAGUGAAUGUUCAGCCUCUUUCUGGUUCUCCUGCUAACUUUGAAGUCUACACGGCUAUUCUUAACCCACAUGACCGCAUAAUGGGAUUGGAUUUACCUCAUGGAGGACACUUGUCUCAUGGAUUCAUGACUCCUAAAAGACGUGUAUCUGGCACAUCCAUUUAUUUUGAGUCAAUGCCUUAUCGGCUAGAUGAAUCUACAGGCCUUGUAGAUUACGACAUGCUCGAGAAAACGGCUAUUCUCUUUAGGCCAAAACUUAUUAUUGCCGGUGCAAGUGCUUAUCCUCGUGAUUUUGAUUAUCCACGAAUGCGCAAGAUUGCAGAUUCAGUUGGUGCUUUCUUGAUGGCUGAUAUGGCUCACAUAAGUGGACUUGUAGCUGCUUCAGUUGUUGCUGAUCCUUUUGAGUACUGUGAUAUUGUGACUACAACGACACACAAGUCCUUAAGAGGCCCUAGAGGAGGAAUGAUCUUCUUCAAGAAGGAUCCUGUUCUUGGUGUUGAUUUAGAAUCAGCCAUCAAUAAUGCAGUUUUUCCGGGGUUACAGGGUGGUCCUCAUAACCAUACAAUUGCGGGUCUUGCUGUCUCUUUGAAGCUUGCUCAAUCACCAGAGUUUAAGACUUACCAGAAGCAGGUGGUUGCAAAUAGUAGAGCUCUUGCAGACAGGUUGAUCAGCUUGGGAUACAAAUUGGUUUCUGGAGGGAGUGAUAACCACUUGGUUCUUGUGGAUCUCAGGCCAUUGGGGAUUGAUGGUGCCAGAGUGGAGAAAAUACUCGAUCUGGCAUCUAUUACGUUAAACAAGAACUCAGUCCCUGGUGACAAAAGUGCACUUGUCCCGGGUGGUAUACGCAUGGGUGCUCCGGCUAUGACUACUCGAGGUUUCACUGAGAACGACUUCGAAUCAGCAGCAGACUUCAUCCACGAGGGUGUGCAGAUUGCUCUUGCAGCCAAAAAGGCUGCCCCAAGUUCCAAGGUUCAAGAUUUCAUGAAGUUUGUCGAGUCUCCAGAUUUCCCUUUCACCCAGCGGAUAUCAGAAUUGCAGGGAAGAGUCGAAGCUCUUACAACCAAAUUCCCAUUACCCGGUGUAUGAGGUUAUAGUUUUGUUAGAAGAGCGAGUUGUAUCGUCGUUGUGGUGCUGAAAUGGUAAAACCCAAUUUGAUAAAACGGGUUGAGCACAUGAACAAUUUUGGAGUGUUGAGUUUGGCAAUGGUCAAGUUUCUCUGACAUUCAUGCAAUCAUGCUAAUGUAUGUGUUAGCUAGCUGUAGCUGCUAGUUGGGAUGAAGGAAACUUGAUAUUUAACCAGUGAAAAGUUAGUCUGUUUUAUGGCUGAUUGCAAAAUAAAGUUUAACUCGGACACAAUUGCAAGUAUAUUUGAGUGAUCAGAACUCAGGG